GAACAAUAUUUGCGAAUCUUUGUUUAUAAUAGCUGACGUUUAUGGAUUCUAUAGUGGUAAAUAGAGCAAGCAAAAGCAAAAACUAAACGCGUUUUUAAUUCGGAAAUAAAUUUGAAUAGUAUAUGUGCAUUCCAAAGACGUUUUACCAAGGUUUUUUUGUUUGGCCACAAAUGUGUGUGUGUGGUGCGUACAUGCAUAUACAUAUGUACGAUUGUUUUGUGUUAUUGUUGCGUUCGAAAUAUCGGAAUAUGUACAUACAAACAUACGUAUAAAUAUUUAAUUACUUUGUUUAUGACAACAUAAUUCCGUCUUUGGCAUUGAACAACUAAAGCAACAAGGAUCUAACCGAACAUUUCAAUCUUAUUUUAGCCGAUUCACACAAUGUCAGAUGGAUCACCGCCUCCAUCGAUUUGCUUUAUACGCGCCGCCGAAUCUUAUCCAAAAUCACAAAUGGAGAAGGAAGACUCGCAGCUGUUUGUACCAUUUCCAGAACUUGCUGGCGAGUCAAUCAAGUACCUAGGACGCACCGAUGAUGGCGUUCUGGCGCUGUCCAAUUAUCGCAUAUUUUUAUCAAAAAAAUCAACCGCAUACGAGACUUAUGUGCCCUUGGGUCUGAUCGAAUCGGUGCAGGUGCGUGACCUGUUCCAGCUGAUUGUCAAUUGCAAGGAUGCCAGCACGGUUAGGUGCUCCUUUCAGUCCGCCGAGCAAUGCUCGGAAUGGCAGCGACGCAUUCAGUUGCUAAUCGGUGUACCUGUAUCGCUGGAGACACUCUUUGCCUUCCCCUUUUACUCGUGGACCUGCGACAUUAUAGGGACAUCCAAUACCCAUGCCCAGGCGAAUGGUAAUGGCCAUGGAAAAGAGCGCAUUCCCUUGUCAAAUGGUUCUGGAUUUGGAUCUUGUGUGAAACCUCCUGCCUUAUUGAGUGAGAACUUUCCAUCGGCCUGCGAGAUAGCAGCGUCGCAGGCAAACAGUCGCUUGCAGCGUGAGGUACGAUAUGAGAGUGAUUUCAAGAACGAGGUGGCACGCCUGGGCUUCGAUCUAAAGGGCUCGUGGCGAAUCUCGACAGCAAAUGCCGACUUUAAGCUCUGUCCAUCGUAUCCGCCAAAAUUGCUUGUUCCUUGCUGCAUAACCGACGAAAUGCUUCACAAUGUGGCCAACUUUCGUGGUUCACGGCGUCUGCCGGCCGUCGUCUGGCGACAUCAGAAGUCAGGGGCCAUAUUGGCACGCUGCAGCCAGCCGGAGGUCGGUUGGUUGGGCUGGCGGAAUACCAAAGACGAGCAGCUACUGAAAGCCCUGGCCGAUGCUUGUGCCUUUGACAGAGGCGAGCAUAACAGACGACAGACACAACCCACAAAGCCCCAGGCCCCCGCCCACGCCCACGCCGCUGCUUCGAAGGACACAAAUGGGCAGUCAAAUAGCUCCGGCAAUAGCUCACCAUCGCUGGAUGACUCCUCCUCGCAUGAAGAGCUGGCCCUUGACGAAAUACGAAAAAUUCUCAUUGUUGAUGCACGAAGCUAUACAUCGGCUGUGACGAAUCGUGCACGCGGUGGCGGCUGUGAAUGCAUUGAGUAUUAUCCAUGCGCCGAAAUCGAAUUCAUGAGCUUGGGAAACAUUCAUGCGAUUCGUAAGAGUUUUCAUGCGGUCCGUCAGCUGUGCGCCUCAUCGCCAGAUGAUCCAAAUUGGUUUGGACAGUUGGAAAAGACCAUGUGGAUGCAGCAUUUGUCGGGUCUACUGGGUGCAGCCAUGACCGUUGUCCAUACCAUCGAAAAGAACGGACGACCCGUGCUAGUGCACUGUUCCGAUGGUUGGGAUCGUACGCCACAGAUUGUGGCCACAGCGCAACUGUGUCUGGAUCCAUACUAUCGAACUGUUGAAGGUUUCCGUGUUCUGGUUCAACGGGAAUGGUUAAAUUUUGGUCACAAAUUCGCUGAUCGUUCGGGCAAUGGCCCCAACUCUGAUGAGGUGAACGAGCGUUGCCCUGUUUUUUUACAAUGGCUGGAUCUGGUGCAUCAAAUCCAUAGACAGUAUCCAUGCAGUUUUGAAUUCAGUAUUGGCUACUUGAUAAAACUAGCACAACACUCGCUUUCCUGCCUGUUUGGCACUUUCCUAUGCAACUCGUUGAGGGAACGCAUUGAGAAUUCCGUUUUUGAUCGUACGUUUUCAGUGUGGCCAUUUUUAGCUGAAACUAUGUAUAGAAAUCCACUCUAUAAGCAUGAGACUGAAAAGGUUCUUUGGCCAGCGCACAGUGUGCGGUUUUUAUAUUUUUGGUCUGACGUCUAUCUUGGUAGCUUAGGCAACAAAAAUGGUACUGAUCUUCCAUUACUAAGUAAUGAACGACAAAGUGCCCAUAAUGGUUCGUUGACAAAAACACGAUCCUCUGAAGAUCUAACAACGAAUGAAUUGGGGCAGAGCACCAUUUCGAGGAGAUCGAGUGAUCCGAAUUUAACCGUAGAAUCAAUUGUUUCGGAGUGCGCUUUAAAUAUGAAUAGCAACUCGAUGUUUGAUAUACGAUCGGAGGCAGACAGGAGGCAGUGUGUUAGUGCAAAUAAUGUCCAUGAUAAUGUUAAAGACUCCAAAGAACCAGAGGUAAAGCUUAAGGAUGCCGAAGACGAGACAGAUGCCAGUUGUUGCUCUACAAAGUGUACCUCCAAGCAGUUUAAAAACGACCAAAGUACAGCUUCUAACCGUGAUAUAAUAUGGGAAGCAUCAGCGACAGUGCCAGAGCCCUCUCAGCUCCAAAACUCUGAAACCGAAUACGCUGUUCAUGCCUGUUCGAACGAUCGAGAACAAGAAGAAAAAAGUGAUGCAAGCCGAGCUCUUUGGCUUGGCCCAAUUGAUAAUAGUACAGAUACCCUAAUUCCUACAGAGGCCGUGCAACAAACGAAAUCUGACAAUAACCACCACGUAGCGCCUUUGGAGAAUCACGUGAUAAGCAUGGACAAAAAGCCAAAUGUGGUAGUAGCACCAGCCGCUGUCCUAAGUGCUCCUACCCCAAGCAAUAAAAUCAGUCAGAGCUACAAUAAUUUGCCUCGGGUACACAGCAAACCGAAUACAAAUCUGAAUGCUGCUGCUGCUGCUACUACUGCACGCUGCACAAAUACGACGCAAAUAAAAGAAGCGAAUGCACAUUUUCCGCACCAUUUGGAUUUGCAUGUGCCCAGCAGAUGCAAGGAGGAACAAACAAAUGCGAAUGGUUCGAUGAUUGAUGGCCAUAAUGCUGCUGAUGAAAGCCUGUUCAUGUCACCCGAGCUCCUGCCCACGCUGGGAAGUCGAACGCGCCGGAAUACAUUUGGUUCAAGCUACAGCCGGGAUAUUGGACAUUUGAAAUUUGCAGAAAAUGGCAGCACACAUAAUUCCCCAUUUACGGGUGGACUAAUUUCAUUGCCACCGACACCAGUGGGUGUUCAGGAACGGCCGCAAUUCACAAUAUCUUGCCCCGAUGGCCUGGCCCACGGCCUAAGUGAACAAAAUAUAAGACUUCAUCAGAUUGUUCAAGAACACAAGCAACGCGAAGAGGUACUACUACGGGAAAUACAUGGCAUGCGUCUGGCUCUCUUGGAGAAAGGCUGUCCCAGCUGCAACAGCAUCGUCUCGACAAAUGUGGAACAUGAAAACGGAUCGGAUAUCGUUGAAAAUGCUUCGACGUGUUCUUGGGAGGCCGUCGAAGAGCGUAAUGGCCCGUCAUCGUAUGCCCCAUCUUCGAUACAAGAGAAAAAAGCAUCCAGCGUUCUCUGGGUACCAGAUCAUGCCGUUUCACGUUGCUCCAGUUGUCAAACUGAGUUCUGGCUUGGACGAAGAAAACAUCAUUGUCGAUCAUGUGGAGAAAUUUUCUGUGCUGACUGCUCGGAAUUUUGGGCCCCUUUGCCGUAUGAAAAGCUUUUCAAUCCCGUAAGGCUAUGCGGAUCUUGUUAUACUACAGUCACAUCCAAUGUCCAUGAGUAUGCUGCCGUGCCUUCCGACUCUACGGACUCCAAUGAAAGAGCGGCAAGGCCUUCUGCCAGCUCCUAAGACAAGCUUUCAUUAUGCUGUGGGUUGCUUGCUGCUCCUCCUCCAGCGUUGUAUCGAUAUGUACAUAUAAUACAUAUACUCAACAAACAAUAUUUAUUACAUAUGUAUGUGUUAUAGCACCAUAAUAGCGGAAAUUCCUUUGUGCGAUUGUAAAGAACACGAAAUUAUACAAAUUUUGUUAGAUAUAUAUUAUGGAUAUAUGGACACAAAAUGUAAAUUUAAAUACAAACUU